CUCUGGCUAAAAGAAAGCUACCUUUAGCAGAGUGGAAGAGGAGCGAUCUAUCUGGAUUAACAAUUUCAGAGUGUAGGUUGCAACACUUGGAAGUCUGCCAUUCUACAACAUGCUGCGAUUAAAUAUCUCACCUAACUUUUCCAUGGGAUUCCAUCUGUUAGCCACUGUGGCUCUGUUAUUUUUCCAUGUGGACCAUAUAAGUGCUGAGACAGAAAUGGAAGGAGAAGGCAAUGAAACUGGUGAAUGUACUGGCUCAUAUUAUUGUAAGAAAGGGGUGAUUUUACCCAUCUGGGAGCCCCAAGAUCCUUCCUUUGGGGACAAAAUUGCUAGAGCUACUGUGUAUUUUGUGGCCAUGGUCUACAUGUUUCUUGGAGUUUCCAUCAUCGCUGACCGGUUCAUGUCCUCUAUUGAAGUCAUCACAUCUCAAGAAAAAGAAAUUACCAUAAAGAAGCCCAAUGGAGAGACCAGCAAGACAACUGUGAGGAUUUGGAAUGAAACCGUUUCCAACUUGACCUUGAUGGCUCUGGGUUCUUCUGCUCCAGAGAUUCUCCUUUCAGUAAUUGAAGUGUGUGGCCAUAACUUCACUGCAGGAGACCUUGGUCCUAGCACCAUUGUGGGUAGUGCUGCAUUCAAUAUGUUCAUCAUUAUUGCAUUGUGUGUUUAUGUGGUUCCUGAUGGAGAGACGAGGAAAAUUAAGCAUUUGCGUGUGUUCUUCGUGACAGCAGCCUGGAGCAUCUUUGCCUAUACCUGGCUUUACAUUAUUUUGUCUGUCAUCUCUCCCGGGGUUGUGGAGGUCUGGGAAGGUUUACUUACUUUUUUCUUUUUUCCCAUCUGUGUUGUAUUUGCUUGGGUGGCAGACAGGAGGCUUCUCUUUUACAAGUAUGUCUAUAAGAGGUAUCGGGCUGGGAAACAGAGGGGAAUGAUUAUUGAACAUGAAGGAGACAGGCCAUCUUCCAAGACUGAAAUCGAGAUGGAUGGGAAAGUGGUCAAUUCCCAUGUUGACAAUUUCUUAGAUGGUGCUCUGGUUCUGGAGGUUGAUGAGAGGGACCAAGAUGAUGAAGAGGCUAGGCGAGAAAUGGCUAGGAUUCUGAAGGAACUCAAGCAGAAGCAUCCAGAGAAAGAAAUAGAGCAAUUAAUUGAAUUAGCUAACUACCAAGUCCUGAGUCAGCAGCAGAAGAGUCGAGCAUUUUAUCGCAUUCAAGCCACUCGCCUGAUGACCGGAGCUGGCAACAUCUUAAAGAGGCAUGCAGCUGACCAAGCAAGGAAAGCGGUCAGCAUGCAUGAGGUCAACACAGAAAUGGCUGAAAAUGACCCUGUUAGUAAGAUCUUCUUUGAACAAGGGACAUACCAGUGUCUGGAGAACUGUGGUACUGUGGCCCUGACCAUUAUCCGCAGAGGUGGUGAUUUGACCAAUACUGUGUUUGUUGACUUCAGAACAGAGGAUGGCACUGCCAAUGCUGGGUCUGAUUAUGAAUUUACUGAAGGAACUGUGGUCUUCAAGCCUGGUGAGACCCUGAAGGAAAUCAGAGUUGGCAUCAUCGAUGACGAUAUCUUUGAGGAGGAUGAAAAUUUCCAUGUGCAUCUAAGCAAUGUCAAAGUAUCUUCUGAAGCCUCAGAAGAUGGCAUCCUGGAAGCCAACCAUGUCUCUACGCUCGCUUGCCUGGGUUCUCCCUCUACGGCCACUGUGACUAUUUUUGAUGAUGACCACGCGGGCAUCUUCACUUUUGAGGAACCCGUGACUCAUGUGAGUGAGAGCAUUGGCAUCAUGGAGGUGAAAGUCUUGCGAACAUCAGGCGCUCGCGGAAAUGUUAUCGUUCCUUAUAAAACCAUUGAAGGGACUGCCAGAGGCGGAGGGGAGGACUUUGAAGACACCUGUGGAGAACUGGAGUUCCAGAACGAUGAAAUUGUCAAAACAAUAUCAGUCAAGGUAAUUGAUGAUGAGGAGUAUGAGAAAAACAAGACCUUCUUCCUUGAAAUUGGAGAACCCCGCCUGGUGGAGAUGAGUGAGAAGAAAGCCCUGUUAUUGAAUGAGCUUGGUGGCUUCACAAUAACAGAAGAAUGUGAUGACAAGCAGCCACUGACCAGCAAAGAAGAAGAAGAAAGGCGCAUCGCAGAAAUGGGGCGUCCUAUUCUGGGAGAACACACCAAGCUGGAAGUGAUCAUUGAAGAAUCUUAUGAGUUCAAGAGUACUGUGGACAAACUUAUUAAGAAGACAAACCUAGCCCUUGUGGUUGGGACGAACAGCUGGCGAGAACAGUUUAUUGAAGCGAUCACCGUCAGCGCAGGGGAAGAUGAUGACGACGACGAAUGUGGAGAGGAGAAACUGCCCUCCUGUUUCGAUUACGUGAUGCACUUUCUGACUGUGUUCUGGAAGGUGCUCUUUGCCUUCGUGCCCCCUACAGAAUACUGGAAUGGCUGGGCGUGCUUCAUUGUCUCCAUCCUCAUGAUCGGCUUGCUGACGGCUUUCAUCGGAGACCUGGCUUCCCACUUCGGCUGCACCAUUGGCUUGAAAGAUUCUGUGACUGCAGUGGUAUUCGUCGCUCUUGGGACUUCAGUGCCAGAUACAUUUGCGAGCAAGGUGGCGGCCACCCAGGACCAGUACGCAGACGCGUCCAUAGGCAACGUCACUGGCAGCAACGCGGUGAACGUCUUCCUGGGGAUUGGCGUGGCCUGGUCCAUCGCUGCCAUCUACCACGCAGCCAACGGGGAACAGUUCAAAGUCUCCCCAGGCACGCUAGCUUUCUCGGUCACGCUCUUCACCAUUUUUGCUUUCAUCAAUGUGGGGGUGCUGCUGUAUCGGCGGAGGCCAGAAAUCGGAGGUGAGCUGGGUGGGCCCCGGACUGCCAAGCUCCUCACAUCCUGCCUCUUUGUGCUCCUGUGGCUAUUGUACAUUUUCUUCUCCUCUCUGGAGGCCUACUGCCACAUAAAAGGCUUCUAAAGGAACAAUCAGAUAUAGUAAAUUUAUAUAUAUAUAUAUACAUAUAUACAUAAAAAUUAUGUAUAACGAACAGAGGAAACUGACAUUUGUCAUGUUCACUUACCUGCUGAUGGAACCCAGCUUCAGAAGCAUUCUCUGUACUAGGGCGGAGUGAGACCCAUCACCUCCCAUCCCCCGGGGCAUCGUGACACUGACCGAGGCAUGGAGGCAGGGCCAUUUUGCAGCUCAGCCUGGAAGGGCUGUGUUCUCUCCAGAUUCACAAACCCUUAAGUCUUUGUUUUCUGUUUUUGCUUCACUUUUGGUGGGGGUUGGGGAGGUAGUUGAUGUUAGACUUUUGUUUUAUUGUGUUCUGUUUUGUUGGAUCUGGGCUUUUGCUCUUCUUGUGGGAGGUAAUGACCAUUCCAAAUGCAAAUGAACUUUUGGGUUAAAAAGAAAAAGAAUUGCAAUCCAUUGCAAUGACGCUCCUUUUUCCAAAACACUUUAAACAUGAUUUUGGAUUAAAAAACUAUACAGGCAUGGAAGAAGAAAAGGUAUGCUUUUACUACAUUACUAAAUUUCAUGGAACGUGAGUACAGGAGAAAAUGUUCUCUAAAAGCAGCUCGGGAGCUUGAACAAGGCCAGGAAAAGCGAUGGUUCCAGACAGGGUCUGAUGGUUAAGAUGUGCCGCCUGGCACUCUGCUCAGAUACAAGAGUAAUGUGCCUAGAUGCCCAGGAACAUGCAAAACCCUUUCAUAUCUUAAUUUCUAGACUGAUGAGCAAGCCCCAUACGCUGGUGUUCCAGCCUA